GGAAAAAGGAAAAAAAUUAAAAUUAGGGUGCAGUGAAAUAUCACACUCUCUCUCUAUACCAUGAUCAUGAUAGUUGCUAAGACCUAGGCUAUUGUACGCUGGUGGCGAAGAAAGAAUUCCCCCAUUAUUGCUCUUUCUCCCUUUUUCUAUUUUAUUCUUUCUCGUUGACCCCCCCAACUCUUUUCCUUUACUAUUUCUUUACCCUUUUCUUUCUCUACUCAUACACACGAUUAAAUACACACUUGUAAUUGUGUGUGUGUGUGUGACUCUGUUUGUCUUUUGUUUGUGUAGCCAUUUUAGUUCAGACAUUAACCCGGGUUUUAAACGUCACCACAUUCCUUUUACUACGUCAGAAUUCCAUCUCCACUAAAGAAAUAAAGAGAGAGAGAGAGAGAGAGAGAGCCACUACUUCUUUUAAUCUUUGCUUUUACCCCCUCUGGUUCUGAAAAUUGUACUUUUUCCAUCCCAUCUUUGCUACCCAGAUCCCAAUCUUUUUAUUAUUAAAGAGACCAUUUUGUUGGAAACAAAGAAAUGGGUUGUGCAGAGAACAGAGUUUCUUGAACAUUAGUAUAAGUAUGAAGAGUUUGAGGCAAUGGGCAGAGCUUUCGUCAGGAAAUGAAGGAAAGGCAGAGGUGGCGGCCUGAAGAGGAUGCACUACUCCGAUCGUACGUCAAACAAUAUGGCCCGCGUGACUGGCACCUCGUUUCCGACCGCAUGAACAAACCCCUCGAUCGAGACUCCAAAUCCUGUCUAGAAAGGUGGGAAAACUACCUCAAGCCCGGGAUCAAGAAAGGCUCCCUCACCGAAGAAGAGCAGUUCCACGUCAUCCAACUCCAAGCCAAGCACGGUAACAAAUGGAAGAAAAUCGCCGCUGAAGUCCCCGGCAGAACCGCCAAGAGACUCGGCAAGUGGUGGGAAGUUUUCAAAGAGAAACAGCUGCGCGAACACAAAGAGAGCAACAGACAGAUCGAGCCCAUCGACGAGGGCAAAUACAAUCACAUUUUGGAAACAUUCGCCGAGAAGCUGAUAACAAUGCCUACUUCGAACGGAAAUUUUAUUCACAACAAUAAUAAUAAUAAUAAUCAAAUCGCACCGCCGCCUCCUUCAGCUCUUCCUCCAUGGCUGGCGGCCGGUUCAAGCACGACCGUGACUGUGAGGCAGCCACCGUCACCGUCGGUGACUUUAAGCCUUUCGCCUGUGGGACCCGCAAUCCCGUGGCUACAAAGUACUACCGAUCAUAAUAAUAAUAAUACUAAUAAUAAUACGGUGGCUUCUGAACUUGUGGAUUGCUGUAGAGAAUUGGAGGAAGGGCACCGUGCGUUGGCUUCGCACAGGAAAGAAGCUGCGUGGAGAUUGAAGAGAGUGGAGCUCCAGCUGGAAUCGGAGAAAGCUUGUCGGAGGAGAGAGAAAAUGGAGGAGAUUGAAGCGAAAGUGCAUGCUCUUAGGGAAGAGCAGAAGGCUACGCUCGACCGAAUCGAAGCCGAGUAUAGAGAACAGCUGGCGGGGUUGAGAAGAGAGGCUGAGGUGAAAGAGCAGAAACUGGCUGAGCAAUGGGCUGCUAAACACUUGCGUUUGACUAAGUUUCUCGAGCAGAUGGGGUGUCGUUCGAUGGGAGGCGAUCACCCCCCUAAUGCCCGAUGAACGCCACGUCUUCGGAUAUCGUGCUGUCUCGUGUUAUAUCUUUUCUUCUUUAAGGAUUUGUUGAAUAACUUUUUUUUUGGUUCGUGCUUAUGUGGAACUGGUACUCUUUCCGUUGACUUGGGUGCGUUAAUGGUGAAAUGUUCUCUGUACUUUGUUGAAGAUUAGUGUUUUAUUAAGUGAUGGUCUAAGAGAUCAAGAAGUGAUCAAUAUAUUUGUGGUUUGCAUGUUGUUAUAUGAAUUUAUAUAUUGUUUGUU